CCAACAGGGCCAACACUCCUCCCGAGUUCAUAAGUAGUCGCCUCUCUAGAGCAUUCUAGGCAUAGGGUAAUAGGAUAUGGAAGGUGGGGCUGGGUUGAGUGGGGAUGAGGACAGCGCAGGCAAAGAGUCAGAUUUCACACUGAAUCGCCACCGCAACUUGAAAACUGCUUCCAGCGAUCAAAACCUCAUGAACAUUCUUCGGGAAAUCAAGUCUUCCAAAACCCCAGCAGUUAUCAACUAUGGUGCAUCUUGGUGUCGUGUUUGUAGUCAGAUCCUCCCAACAUUCUGCCAGUUGAGUAACAGUUUCCCAAAGCUUUCUUUCAUAUACGCCGAUAUAGAUGAAUGCCCAAAAACAACUCAGCAAAUUCGUUAUACACCUACAUUUCAUUUUUACCGGGAUGGGGAAAAGGUAGAUGAGAUGUUUGGUGCUGGAGAAGAGCGGUUGCAUGAUCGUGUGUGGUUGCACUCCUGAAGGCUUUUCUCAUUGUUAACAAAAGCAUCUUAAGUUUGGCUCACAAUCUAUUGAUAGUCUCUGUAAUAUAGUAUCUAUUUUUCUUUCCUUUUACCUGUGAGUGACAUGAAUGGGCGAACGUAAGAUCAGAUGUCUUCAAGCUAGCUGCCAUAGGUUCAAAGAUUAUGUGAUUGUAUGUUCUAAUUAUGAACUGCAAACUAUGUGCGACAGUGUUAAAUCGGCAUUUGAUAGAUUAUCAGCUUAUUCGCAGUAA